AUGAAGCUCACUCAGUUCACUCUGGCCACUGCCACUCUGCUGGCGACUGUCGCCGCACAGGGUUUGGGUGACCUGCCCACCUGCGCGCAAUCCUGCGCGACCAGCUCGAUUCCGGCCAACUGUGGCCUCGAUAUCCAGUGCAUCUGCGCUGACCAGUCAUUCCUGAGCGACAUCGCCUGCUGUGUAGCUGACAAGUGCUCCCAGGCAGACCAAGAGACUACUCUCAAGGUGGCCAAGGGGAUCUGCGCUAGCGGCGGCGUGACCAAUUUGCCCAGCACCAUCUCCUGCCCGUCGACUGCGUCCUCCAGCGGGACCUCCGAGAGCAUGACCGAGACUAUGACUGCAACCAUGAGCUCCACUGCGACUGACACCACUCUUGUCGGCUCUGUUACCUCCACCAUGACUGAGGCUUCGACCACUAGCUCAGGCUCCACCGGCGCUUCAACCCAGGCCGCGUCGUCCUCCUCGGCCGCUACCAAGGCCGCUGCUACCACCGGCGCUGCGAUUCUUGGUCAGAACAAGGACUCCUCCCUCAUGGCUGCUGCCGGGGCUGCUGCCGCCUUUGCCUUCUUCGUCUAG